AUGCAGCGGGACGAGCUGGCCAGGGUCAAGUUCGCGCUGCUGGACCGGCUGCCGGGCUUCACCGAGCCGGACCUGCACACGGACCUGCGGCCGACCGCCGCCACCGUGCCGCUCUGGAGCCCGGCGUACGCGCGCGAGAUGGACGCCUGGCAGCGCGAAGUGCUGCGCCGCCAGUGCAGCAGCCACGACCGGCCAGAGUUCUCCAGUUUCUGUAUAGCCAACAUGUGUACGGAUAGUCUUGAUGGCGUCGAUGUCAUCUCUGAAAGUGAAAACAUCAAGAAGCUUCUCAAACUCGCCUACAACAGUAGUGAAGAGAUCAGCAUGAUGGUGCACCGCGUCGGCCGGCUGCUGCUGCUGGACGAGUUCGACAUCACCUCCCAUCUGCUGGAGACGGAGAAGACCGAGUGGGUCUGGCUCGACCGCCUGCUCCGCGAACAUUUCAUGACCAAGUUCGAGCUUCCCCUGUCGGCUGGCGGUGGCAUCGCGGCGCCCUCGGACGUCACCGAGGCGCCGCCGCCGCCGCGCGGCCGCUACCGCCGGCACUACUUUACCAGGAACAUGCUCUGGACCUUCCAGGACCUCAAGAUGCUGAUCGGCACGGACAUGCCAAUCCUGGGCGGCGGCACGCACCCCUGCGUCAGCCUGCGCCUGCACGACCUCUCAGAGCCCAUCAACGUUCUCACCGGGCUCGACUACUGGCUCGACAACCUCAUGUCCAACGUGCCCGAGGUGCUCAUGUGCUACCACGUGGACGGUGUGCUCAAGAAGUACUCGCUGAUCAAGACGGAGGACCUGCCGCACCUGCCCGACUCGACGUUCAAGCCGGAGGUGGUGCACGACGUGGCCGAGAACAUCCUGUCGUUCCUGCGCGCCAACGCUACCAAGACGGGCCACACGUACUGGCUGUUCAAGGGCGAGGAUGACGACUGCGUUAAGCUGUACGACCUCAGCAGUCUGCUGGAGAGCCGCUUCGAAGAGGUCAACAGGGACGACAACCCUUUCUCGGGUCACGUGGCCCUGCUGCUCUACCGGAUCGCCUGCAACAUGCUGCGGAAACGGCACGUGGUGGACUACGGGGACCGUCUCGGCACGGUGCGCACCAUCCUCAGCAAGACGCUGGAGCUCAUCAAGGGCGACAAGUACUUGCAGGUACGGGCCAACAUCCACAUGAUGCUGGCCGACUGCUACGUGCCGCGCGACCACCGACCGCUGGCCACCGAGUUCGCCGGCGCCGCCGCCGCUGCCGCCAGCGCUCUGGCGCGCAGCCCGGAGCGUGCCGGCGCCGCUGAAUCGCCGUGGACGCAGCAGCCGAUGGUGCGCGUCGACCUGCUGCCGAUCGCCGGCGACGCGCUCGAGCGCACCGAGUGCGCCAUGGAGCACGUGCUGGCGGCGUUCAGCUGCCUGCGCCGGCGCGACGAGCUCGAGCGCGAUGACAAGGCGCCGAAGAUGGCGCGGCCUUCGCAGGCUAUUCCGAUGCCGUACUGCCCACUGAACACGGCGCUGGUGACCGCCGCCGCCUCCAUCCUCGUCAGCGACGGCCUGCUGCUGCUGAGCCGAGCGCCGGUCGCCGAGACGGAGGCGGCGCGCCGCCGCUGGCAGGAGCCCGGCGAGCCGCUCGGCCGAGAGCUGCUGCACAUCCUGCGCCAGAAGGACGCCUACUUCGAGCCGGCGUUCGUGGGCCGGCCGGCGCGGCGUGCGUCGGAGGCCGGCGACAUGGCCAUGUUGGGGGACGCGAUCGGUAUCAUGGAGGCGGCCGUCUCGCUGAAGCACUUGUCGUCCGAGAUGCGUCAGCACGUACGUACGCGGCUGGGCCUCAUCCUCAAUGAGAUUGGCCUGCUACACAACCGACGCCUGGAGAAUCUGAUGCAGACGGUGGACGGCGGCGGCGCUGACGGCCUGCGCGCGCGCGCCGAGGCGCAGCGCCGGCCCAUGGAGCGCGCCUACAAGAGCGCGGAGGCGGCCUUCAGCAAGGCGGUCACUCUUCUGGACGGGACGCCGCAGCGCUGCGCCACGGAGAUGAACCUGGGCCACCU